AUGAAUCCCAUAAGGCCCUCCACAUCUGCCCCACCGCGCGUCGCACGACAUCCAGGCGUGCAUGGCUACGAACAAGCCGACUCAUUGACAGAAGAGCAAGUCUCAGAGUUCAAAGAAGCGUUCUCGCUCUUCGACAAAGAUGGCGAUGGCCAAAUCACAACCAAAGAACUCGGCACCGUGAUGCGCUCGCUGGGUCAGAAUCCCAGCGAAUCCGAGCUGCAAGACAUGAUCAACGAAGUGGAUGCAGACAACAACGGCACAAUUGACUUCCCAGAAUUCCUCACCAUGAUGGCCCGCAAAAUGAAAGACACAGAUAGCGAAGAGGAGAUCCGAGAAGCAUUCAAAGUGUUCGAUCGGGACAAUAACGGAUUCAUCUCUGCCGCCGAGCUGCGCCAUGUCAUGACGUCUAUUGGAGAGAAGCUGACAGAUGACGAAGUUGAUGAGAUGAUCAGGGAGGCUGAUCAAGAUGGAGAUGGGAGGAUUGAUUAUAACGAGUUCGUGCAGCUUAUGAUGCAGAAAUAA